AUUGUUUGUUACUCCCGCGACAUCUUCUACUCCACAAUGGAUGCCGGUUAAUGCAGAAUAAAUAUCAUUGUUCUCAACAUGGUAUAAAGGAAGACAAAGCUUGGUUACCAUGACUGCCAAUUUUCUGUCCUUUGUAAUAACAUUGCGCCUAGCACCCAGGCCAGUAACCUCUAUCGCGCUACUCAGCGCCACCUCACCGACAUUAAUAUCGACGUUGGCCUUGCAAGCCUUCUCGCGCCACCCAUUUAUGCGCUCACAGACAAUCCCGCCAUCGGGUCUACCAUCAAACCCGGUAACAGACUCAUUCGACGUUCUCGAGUCCUUAUCCUUUCCUGAAUCUCUCACCUCCCAUCCCGCUGAAUCAGUUCCUUUGGAAUUCGAACACGCCUACGCAAGCAGCAACUCUAGCUUCUAUUGUACCAUUGCAUGAAGCAUGUGUCGCAGGUAUCGGCGCCUGUUACUGUUUCGAAAACUAUCUGCGAUCUUAUGACUUUAAGUCAUGCUU